UAACAUCCUUUUGCAAGAAGUGUAAAAGCGGAUGGUGGCUCAAGUGUCAGAGGAUGGCACGGUCACGCUCUCGAUCCCCCAGGUGGAAACACAGGUCUUUAUCACCAGUACCUAGAAAUUCUGAACACUACAAGCAAAGACAUUCUCAUGGGCAUUAUGGCUGUGAAUAUAGGAAGGAUCCCAAAAGACCCAUCACUUGGCGAAUGGACAGUGAGACACAUGGACAGAGUAAACCAAGGAUUCCUUCUCGUGGAAAUGUGCAUUACCGAUCUUACGAACACAGAUCACCUUCCCCAAAUUUAAGAAGAGACUCUUUAGAAAAUGUUUAUACUUACAAGCCUUACCGAGCAUACUUGUCAGGAAGAGGAGAUAGUAACAGAAGAUCUCACUAUAUGCCCAAAUACUCAGAAGAUGUACCCUACAAAGAGUACCCGAGGAACUGUUAUUCCCAGAAAGGAGAAGGAAGGUAUAUUCCUGAUGACUACAGAGUCAGAGGAAGUGGAAAAGGAGGGAAACCGCCUCCGAGGUCAAUAGCAGAUUCUUCUCGGUUUGAAGGAAAGUGGCACGAAGAUGAGUUGAGGCACCAGAGGAUACAAGAUGAAAACUAUUCUCAGUCACUGAGAAGAGGCUCUGAAGACUUUGAGAAAAGGAGCUCUUUUCCGAAGAGGUAUCCUGAGGAUCGUGAUUUCAGAAAAUAUGGAUACACAUCAAAAAGACCUAAAGAUGUGGAGAGGUAUGAAAACAGAGAGCCUGCCAGGAGCCCUCAGUGGAAGUUCGGGCAUUCUCUUCCAUCUUACCAAGAGAAGAAAGAGCAGCGGAACCUUGGACCGCACACUCAUCGACGUGCUCAGAGGGAACCUCCAGAGACCAGUUCAGCAGCCAAGGUAUCCUGUGACUAUCGCCACAAACGCCGUAAGACCUCAAGUGGGGACCAGGACUUUCCAGAUGGAAGAAUUCAGAAGUACUCUAAGGAGGAAGAUAGAAAGUCCAGUUCUCAAAAAGGCCCUGAAAAUAGACAGUCCAUUUGUUUUAAUGCUGGAAGAGGGAGAGAGACUGAAGGUGGGCAAGUGAAAGAACCUUCCAAACCAUCUAAGAAAGACUGCACUGACUGCACUGCCUCUACGCAUUCAAGUAAAAGUGAUGUUGGCUUGAGACCCUGCAGUGACAAACGGAAGGAGAAAGCAAAGAAAGAAGGGGAUGGCAGAAAAGAGAGCAACUCUUCCAGUAAUCAACUUGAUAAAAGUAAACUUUCCAAUGUGAAACCUUCAUCCGCCAGUCUUAGGAAGAAAUCACUUACUGUUAAAAUAGAUGUGAAGAAAUCACUAGAUGCAUCCAGGGUUGCUUCUAGCUAUUCCACAGAGAGACAGAUGUCACAUGAUUUGGUUGCUGUUGGCAGGAAAAGUGAGAACUUUCAUCCAGUGUUUGAACAUCUUGACUCAACUCAGAAUACUGAAAACAAACCUACAGGAGAAUUUGCUCAGGAAAUCAUAACUAUAAUCCAUCAAGUUAAAGUUCCAGCCCCUCUCACCCAAAGAAGUGUGAUUCUUGGCAGAAAGGGAGGUGGUAUUGCAGAAAAAUCCAGGCGAUUGUCCCAGAACAGGAACACAAAUUAUUUUCCAUCAUCUGACAUUACUCUGCAUGAGCGUUUUUCAAAAAUGCGAGAUAUACAAGCUGCAGAUGUAAAUGAAAUUAAAUUGAAUUCAGAUCCAGAAAUUCACAGGAGAAUAGAUAUGUCUUUGGCUGAGCUUCAGAAUAAACAAACUAUGGUAUAUGAACCAGAACAGACUCUGGUCAAAAUAAUAGAUCCAAAUGAUCUACGACAUGACAUUGAAAGAAGGAGAAAAGAACGGUUACAGAAUGAAGAUGAGCACAUUUUUCACAUAGCUAGUGCUGCAGAGAGGAAUGAUCAGCCCUCCAGUUUUUCGAGGUUGAAGAGUACUCAUGCCGAUGAAUUCCAAAAACCUAUGGAUUUUAUAAAGUCAAAUUUUAGAAAAUUUAUUCAGAAACCUCACAUGAAUUAUACUAUGCAGAGAAAAGACAUCAUUACUCAGAAACCCUUUGGAGUUGAGGGAAGACGUCAAAACACAGCAGGCUUUAGAAGACCUUUUAAGACCAACUUCAGAGGUGGCCUAUUCCAGCCCCACUAUAAAUCAGGCCUAGUACAGAAGAGCUUAUACAUUCAGGCUAAAUAUCAGCGGUUACGAUUUGCUGGUCCAAGGGGAUUUAUCACUAAUAAAUUCAGAGAAAAAUUACUGAGGAAAAAAAAGGAAUAUGCAAACAUUGCCACAGCAAUCUAAUCUGGAAUUAUUACAUAUGGAAACGACACUACAGGAUGAUACUUGGGAGCAUCUCUUUUUGUCAGGAGUUAAAAUUGGCACUAAAGCACUAAUACUGUAACUUUCUUGAUAAAAUAACUUUAUUUUUCUGUAGUGGAAUGCUGCAACUUUUUUACACUUAAUUGCUUUUAAAUUACAGUAUUCAAUUUAAAAGUUGUAUUAACUACAGUUUCUUUUGCAAAAAGUCUCAAAAGGGCAUUAUUUGUUGAUGCAUUUUUCUCUGAGCAUGGUUUCAUAGAGAAUUUACCUGAGUUAUAUCCAGAUGUUUAUAUGUUGGAAGUUUUGCUUAUGUAAUAAAAACAAAGUAUCUGAAUUGUAUAGUGUCUGUACGUGAGAGAACUCGAAACAGUGGCCUUAUGGUAGCAAAUUUUAUAUCAGAUUUUUCUUUUUUCUGAUGACAGUUUGGCUUAUAACUUGAAAUUUUCUUAAGUUUCUGAAUAUCAAGGCCUAUAUAAUUUAUACAUUUCAUAUUAUGAUAUAAGAAGGCACGACAAAAGGUGCUUCACAAUUUCCAUCGGGUAGUUAUGAGCGCACUGAAUUUUUAGCAAUUGGUUCAUUCAGUUUUUUCCACCACUGUUUGCUCUUUCCAAUUUCAAAAUGCUGUUAUGGAAAAUAUGUAAAGAUUUUGUAAUUUAUAUUCCAUCUUACUUUCCCUCAGGGCAAGCUUGUGCAUAUCAUAUUUUUAAAGGCUUUUUAAAAAUCUGACAGACAAAAUCUCAUAUUUGGAAACUGUACUUUACUACUACAGCAUUAUACAUUUUGCAAGCACAUAUUAUAAAGUGUUUAUUUUCAGUUCAGUUGUAUUGAGUACCUACUAGCGUAAGAUAAAAUUGGUGGGAUUUUAAAUGAUGUUUUAGGUCCUGGUACCUUAUUUCUUUAUGUUUUCAUUGUUCUGCUUAAUAAUACAUAUACAUUCCCAAUUAAACUUUUGUGAAAUGUUUAUUUGUAAUAAAAUAAAAUACUGUUGCUCCUUCUGCUUGAA